AAAUCCUCUUUAUUUAUUUUAUCCUUGUAACUUUAGCAGAAACAAAAAGAAAAUAACUUUUCCUUCGUCCCACAGGCUCCAUGUGCUCUGGUGUUGGUGCUAUACAAAAUUUCUUGUUGCUCCACGCUGCAAGAAGUGAACGCACACUGUUAUUCUCUCCUUUUAAACGUAACUUUCGUUGAACCUUCUCGUUCUUUAAUGUAGUAACUUUAGAAGCAGUAUUUAGCCCGCUUUGUUUUCUCUCUGACGUGUUCACUCCUUUCUCUUCUCUUCUUUAUUUAUAUUCUCCCACCCCUUCCCCCCGCCCGUGUCCACUCUCCAUUCUCCAAGGAAUCUCUCUCUCUCUCUCUUUCUUUCCCUUUUUCACUUUCUCAUUCAUUCUUAUUAGUAUUUCUAUUUCACUUCACCAACCCACUCCACCGUUUCCCCUUUCCUUCCAUGCUAUUAUGGCUUCAUCUUCCAUCAAACACACUCACCACCUUAACCGCACAAAACUCUUCAUGAAAGAAGAAACCCUUUUGAAAAAGAAGCAUCACUAUCCCAAAAUCAUACGAAUACGUGUCACCGACGCCGACGCUACCGACUCCUCCAGCGACGACGACGAGCCCUCCAUGUCCUCCACGCGCCGCAGAGUAAAAAACUUCGUCAACGAAAUUACCAUCCAAGGCGGCGGCGGUGGUGGUGGCGACGUUAACGUUGUUUCUAAGAAAAGAAGAUUCAAGUCCGGUGCCGGAGCUCCGUUAUGUCGGCGGAAGACGGGGGCGAAGAAGUUCCGGGGAGUGAGGCAGCGGCCAUGGGGGAAGUGGGCGGCGGAGAUAAGAGACCCGUCGCGCCGCGUCCGGCUGUGGCUGGGAACCUACGACACCGCCGAGGAAGCUGCCAUUGUGUACGACAACGCGGCCAUUCAGCUGCGUGGCGCCGACGCGCUCACCAAUUUCAUAACGCCGCCGCCGGAGAACAGAAAAACCGGUUACUGCUCCGGCGAGGAGUCUCGCAACAACCACGACUUGCGUUCCCCCACUUCGGUUCUUGGGCGCUGUUCGGUGUCCGAGGAAGCUGUAACUGCAAACGACGUAUUUGGAGGCUCUAGUGAGUGCGAGUAUUCAUGCGUUUCGGAGUCAGUGUUUCCUAUUCCUAACGAGGUGGUGUUUGACUUUGAAAGCACGUUAGAUAUGUUUGAUGAAGGGAUUAAUAAUGUUGUGGCAGAGACUAGUAUAUUCUUGGCGGAGGAUUUAGAUUUGGGUUUUACGAGUUGGCAUAGAGAGUGUGAUAAUUUCCAAGACAUUGGGGGGGAUUUGUUUGUUUGGGAUCCUCUUGUCGCUCUUUGAUUGAGACACAGACACCAUUCUCUCGUCUUUGUAAUUCUAUUGCCAACGAAAAUGGGUUGCUAUCAGUUUUGUUUCUUUUGGGGGUUUAGGCAAAAACCUUGUGUCUAAGGAGAGGUUUUCUAAUUUUUUAUUCUAGCAGUAUAUGUUUAUUAACCACUAGUUGUAAAACCGUGCUUCCCACGGUGUUGCCGUCUUUUUGUUUCUUAUAUAAAAUUAUGUCUCAUAAGUUACCCUUUUAUUUA